ACCUCCAUAGAGCAACAGACACGUCAGGCCCUGUCCGAUAGCUAUACAUUUCCCACAGUGCAUUCCAUUUCACUAACACUUUCUCUUCUCCCACCAGUUUCCCGAAACCCCCGUUGUAAUAUUCCCUCUGAGCUUCGACCCCGCCGGCGAGCCAGCUCAAAGCUCCCCACGCGGGUCAAGAGGUACUCUCUAUCGCUACCAGACAAGGUCUUACCAAAUACCUUGGUCGCGCCUACCUGCUGCCUACUCGUAACACUCCCUCUUCAUCGCUCUUUUCACCCCGAACCUUCCACCACACCCCACCACAAUGACUUCCAACCGCAACAGGCGCAUUGCCAAGGAAAUUGCCGACAUCCACAACGACCAACACUCCAAGAUCGUCGUCGAACCGGCAGGCAAUGGGGAAGACCUAACACAUCUACGGGGGCAGUUCUACGGUCCUCCUGACACACCGUACGAAGGAGCUACCUACAAAGUCGACAUCCGGAUCCCGAGCGAAUACCCCUUCCGCCCACCGCUCAUGAAGUUCGAGACCAAGAUCUGGCACCCCAAUGUCAGCUCACAAACGGGCGCUAUCUGUCUCGACACUCUCUCCUCGCAAUGGUCGCCAGUUCUGACCAUUAAGUCCGCUCUGAUCUCGCUACAAUCGCUCCUCAGCACACCCGAGCCAAAGGACCCACAAGAUGCAGAAGUCGCCGGCAUGCUGCUACGGAACCCCGCUGAAUUCGAACACAAGGCACGCGAGUGGGCAGUCACAUUCGCUGGUGCGCCCCGCAAGGAGAUUGCCGAAGGUAGCGGGGGAGCCACUGCGGCGUCCAUCAAGAAGAAGGCCCAACAGGCGAAGCAAAACGAAGAACAGUCUAAGCUGGCUGCGUAUAAGGGCUACAAUAAGGACCUAGUAGAUCGCUUUGUCGCUAUGGGCUUCGAUGUCGACGCCGUGGUCGCCUCGUUUGAGUAUGUUGGUAUCGAUCGCAUGGGCGGCGAAGACUACGAGCUAGAAGAGGCCUAUAUGGGGGACAUUACCGCUCGACUCUUCGGCGAAGCAUAGCUGGCUGCCAUGUCUUGUUUCGAUUCAGCAUUUCUUGUUCGACUUCCAGGGCGCAUAGGCGUUUUCAUUACUCAGACCAUCACAUCUUUUACAUUCUUCAUGGGAGAUGGCGUAAUUUCAUGGGCUAUUAGGAGUGUUGGGUGUACAUGAUCAAUGGAAUAGCGUAGGCGCGCUCUUAGCGAGCCGCAAUGUAGUGUCAA